AUGGCCGCGGAGUCCGUGAAGGUGGCGGUGCGCUGCCGGCCGCUGAGCCAGCGCGAGCGCGAGCUGGACUGCCGGCCCGUGGUGACCGUGGACUGCGCGCGCGGCCAGUGCUUCAUCCAGAACCCCGGCGCCGCCGACCAGCCCCCCAAGCAGUUCACCUUCGACGGCGCCUACUACAUGGACCACUUCACCGAGCAGAUCUACAACGAGAUCGCCUACCCGCUGGUGGAGGGCGUCACCGAGGGCUACAACGGCACCAUCUUCGCCUACGGCCAGACGGGCAGCGGGAAGUCCUUCACCAUGCAGGGCCUGCCGGACCCGCCCUGCCAGAGGGGCAUCAUCCCCCGGGCCUUCGAGCACGUCUUUGAGAGCGUCCAGUGCGCAGAGAACACCAAGUUCCUGGUUCGGGCCUCCUACCUGGAGAUCUACAAUGAGGAUGUCCGCGACCUGCUGGGGGCCGACACCAAGCAGAAGCUGGAGCUGAAGGAGCACCCGGAGAAGGGUGUGUACGUGAAGGGGCUGUCCAUGCACACGGUGCACAGCGGCCAGUGCGAGCGCAUCAUGGAGACGGGCUGGAAGAACCGCUCGGUGGGCUACACCCUGAUGAACAAGGACUCCUCCCGCUCCCACUCCAUCUUCACCAUCAGCAUCGAGAUCUACGCUGUGGACGAGCGGGGCAAGGACCACCUCCGAGCGGGCAAGCUGAACCUGGUGGACCUGGCGGGCAGUGAGCGGCAGUCCAAGACGGGCGCCACCGGGGAGCGGCUCAAGGAGGCCACCAAGAUCAACCUGUCGCUGUCGGCGCUGGGCAACGUCAUCUCGGCCCUGGUGGACGGGCGCAGCAAGCACAUCCCCUACCGGGACUCGAAGCUGACGCGGCUGCUGCAGGACUCGCUGGGCGGCAACACCAAGACCCUGAUGGUGGCCUGCCUGUCGCCCGCCGACGACAACUACGACGAGACGCUCAGCACGCUGCGCUACGCCAACCGAGCCAAGAACAUCAAGAACAAGCCGCGCAUCAACGAGGACCCCAAGGAUGCCCUCCUGCGGGAGUACCAGGAGGAGAUCAAGAAACUCAAGGCCAUUCUGGCCCAGCAGAUGAGCCCCUCGAGCCUGUCAGCCCUGCUGUCCAGCCAGGUGCCCCUAAACCCCGUCCAGACAGAGGAGAAGCUGUUGCCCCCCACUGCGACCCAGCCCGACACGGAGGCCGAGAAGCAGUUGAUUCGGGAGGAGUACGAAGAGCGCCUGGCCCGGCUGAAGGCCGACUACGAGGCGGAGCAGGUGUCCAGGGCCAGGCUGGAGGAGGACAUCACCGCCAUGCGCAACUCGUAUGACGUGAAGCUGUCCACGCUGGAGGAGAACCUGCGCAAGGAGACAGAGACCGUCCUGAAGGCAGAAGUCCUCUGCAAGGCUGAGGUCAUGUCCAAGGCUGAGUUCGCCAGCAGGUCUGAGUAUUCACCCACCUUCCAGUAUGAGACGGCCAUCAAACCCGAGAUCUACUCCAUGCCCGACGCUCUGCCCAGUGAGGACGCCUCCAAGACCGAGGGUGUCCCCAGGCUGCGGGAGCUGCCCGAGGUGGAGACCCCCAAAUCUGAGGUUUCUUUUGGGUCUGACGAGUCUUCCACACUCGAAGAAACCUGCAUGUUCAAGACUUUCCCUGGACCUGAGGAGCCCUCCAAUGUGGAGUUUUUUAUGCCUGAGCUGGAGGCCAAGGGAAGGUACUUCCAGGACGAGUGUCUCAGCCAGGAGGCCACGGAGCCGCUGCUGGAGCAGGAGCUCUACUUCGGGGAAGAGGAGCCACAGUUGCUGUCCCUGGGGCUCUUGCCGGGCCUGCCCGACCCGUUCGCCGAGGUGGAAGCCAAGCUGGCCAGGCUGGCCUCCGCAGUGGCCGGGGUGGAUGUGCCCGCACCAGAUGUAUCCCAGGUCCCCACUCAGCACGCCUCCCUGACAGAUCCGCCCGAGCCCGGCACCCUCGGCGCUGAGGCGGCCGCCGACCUGCCCAGGACUGACGCGCAGCAGGACGGCGGGAGUGAGAGGAAGGCCCCGGCUCAGCCCCCGCCCGCGGAGCAGGAGAGCCAGCUGCCAGCCCCCGGACCCCCGCCCUGGGAGGCUGAUCUGGGAGCGGACGCGAGCGAGGAGGUGCUGCUGGCCGCCGAGCCUGGCGCGGGGCCGGAGGUGGACGUCCAGGCGGCCCCGGAGGCUCAGCCUCAGCCCCCGCUGGCCACGGCGACGGCGAGGAGGGACGGUGCGGGCGUGGCGGUGGCCGCGCUGGCUGAGGAGCGGCUGCCCGUCGUGGACCAGCAGCAGGUGCUUGCCCGUUUGCAGCUGCUGGAGCAGCAGGUGGUCGGCGGGGAGCAGGCCAAGAACAAGGACCUGAAGGAGAAGCACAAGCGGCGGAAGCGGUACGCGGACGAGCGCAAGAAGCAGCUGGUAGCCGCCCUGCAGAACUCGGACGAGGACAGCGGGGACUGGGUGCUCCUCAACGUCUACGACUCCAUCCAGGAGGAAGUGAGGGCCAAGAGCAAGCUGCUGGAGAAGAUGCAGAGGAAGCUGCGGGCAGCAGAGGUGGAGAUCAAAGACCUGCAGUCGGAAUUUGAGCUGGAGAAGAUCGACUACCUGGCCACCAUUCGCCGGCAGGAACGGGAUUCUCUGCUCUUCCAGCAGCUCCUGGAGCAGGUGCAGCCCCUGAUUCGCAGGGACUGUAACUAUAGCAACCUGGAGAAGAUAAGGCGGGAAUCCUGCUGGGAUGAAGAUAAUGGCUUCUGGAAGAUUCCUGAGCCCAUCAUCAUAAAAACCAGCCUCCCAGUAGCAGUUUCCACAGGGCCUCAGAGCAAACCAGCCCGCAAAACCUCUGCAGUGGACAGCGGCGAGCCAGGCCUGGAGGAAGACCGCUAUAAGCUGAUGCUCAGCCGGAGCGACAGUGAAAAUAUCGCGAGCAACUACUUCCGGUCCAAGCGGGCCAGCCAGAUCCUCAGCUCAGAUCCCAUGAAGAGCCUCACACAUCACAGCUCGCCGCCCGGCUUCAGCUCCCCGCUCAGCAACACCUCUGCCAUCCCACCCGCCCCGGCCCCCGAGAUGCCACAGCCCCGGCCCUUCCGCCUCGAGUCCCUCGACAUCCCCUUUGCCAAGGCCAAGCGUAAGAAAAGCAAGAUCAGCUUUGGCAGUGAGCCCCUGUGAACACAACUGCCGGCUGCUGCCCUGCCUGGGCUUCGGGAGCUCCCCCAGGGCAGCCCCAGCCAGGCUCCCUGCAUCUGCCCCCACAGUGACUGGGGGCCCAAGGCAGCCUUACCCUGGAAAGACAUAUUCCCUUCCCUGUUCCCCAGAGAGCCCACCUCAGCCCAGGGCCACCUGAGGCUGGACUGUCCUGCGCCAGCUUUCCACAUCGCGUCAGUGUUUCUCUCUGCUCACCUGCCACAGAACCCGCCCUCGGUGCUCACUGGUGUUCUGCACCCCGGGGGGCUCAGGGCCUCAGCUCUGCCACCAGGCCUUCACCAGCAGCCCUGACGGAGUGGGCAGCAGCGUCCACGUGGUUCAAGCUCAAUGUGCUGGUGAUCGAAAUUGUGCCUCUGUCCAUCCACUUGGCCCACUUCCUGGGUGAAGCCCUGCGGGCAGGGCAGAGGAGUCCUGGAACGGCUGUCCUGGGCUGCCCACUCCUGACUGGCCUGCGGCCCAGAGGCCACACAUUAAGCUGCUCCAAUAAACUGCCUUUUACCAACCAGUGCCCCCUCCCUGGUCUUCUGACCACACCCCGCUGGCUGGCCUUCAAGGGGCUUUCUGGAGUGGGGUCCUUACUGCCUGGUACUUUUAGAACAAGCAGGUC